AUAGACUGUAUGGUUGAUAGCAUGGGGAUGGUGAGCAGCAGCCGGACUGUUGUCACUGGAGGAGUUUGACUCAACGACGGCGGAGGUCCAUUUCACAAGACAGGAGCACCCAGCGGACUGAAGCGAAAUGGAGAGUGGGGAUGACACUGUCCUCCGGUCUCGCUGCCGAGCUGCCCCUAAGACGCCCACCUUCUCUGAUUUAGACAGCUCUUUGGAAGGAGACGGUAGUCCGGGACAACACAAGCAAGGCAACGGAGGCAACCACGCUACCAGCAAUGGAAAAAUCGAGGUGGAACAUGUGAUCAGCAAAAAGUUACAACUGAAAAGGAAAGCAGAGCACCUGAAGAGUGACCUGAUGCAUCAGUUUGACAGUCAGGUUAAUGACUUCAUGGACAGUCUCAUCGAGGAGUCGGCCAGCCUGGAACCUGCACCUGUUCCUGCUGUCUUCUCACCUCCACUGUCAGACAAGGAGAGGAGUAAACUCAGGUAUUUCCGGCCUCCUCAUGGCCAGGGCAAGCAGUUCGUCAGUCGCAGGUCCCUCUUAGACGAGCUGUUUGAGGUGAACCACAUCAGGACCAUCUACCACAUGUUUAUUGCCCUGCUCAUUCUCUUCAUCCUCAGUACACUGGUGGUAGAUGUCAUUGAUGAAGGCAGACUGGUGCUGCACUUUGAGCUCCUGGUCUAUGCGUUUGGACAGAUCCCUCUGGUGGUGUGCACAUGGAUCUGCAUGUUCCUGUCUGUGCUGCUGGUUCCCUACUCACUGUUCCACCUGUGGUCACAGACCCAGUCUGGGUCUUACAAACACCCCAGGUUGUGCACUUUGCUAUUUGGCACUGUCUUUCUGCUCUACCAGGCUCUGGGUGUGGGCUUCCUGCCCACAUAUGUGGUGGUGACCAACAGUUUCCCACCUGCAUCCUGCUUCAUCAUCAUCCUGGAACAGGUGCGUCUAAUGAUGAAAGGCCACUCCUUUGUCAGGGAGAAUGUACCAAGAGUACUGACCUGGACUAAAGAAAAGACCACCCCCAGCCCGGUGGUCCCUCAGGUCUCUCAGUAUCUAUACUUUCUGUUUGCGCCCACACUCAUCUACAGAGACAAGUACCCCAGGAACCCAGUGAUCAGAUGGGGCUAUGUGGCCACUAAGCUACUUCAGGUACUUGGCUGUCUGUUUUAUGCCUACUACGUGUUUGUGCGGCUGUGCAUCCCUCAGUUCCGCAGCAUCAGCCUGCAGCUGUUUGACCUGAGAGCCAUGGUCCUCUGUGUCUUUAACUCCAUCUUGCCAGGAGUGUUGGUUCUCUUCCUGGGGUUCUUCGCCUUCCUCCACUGUUGGCUCAAUGCUUUUGCUGAGAUGCUGCGCUUUGCUGACAGGAUGUUUUACAAGGAUUGGUGGAACUCAACCUCUUUUGCUAAUUACUAUCGCACUUGGAAUGUGGUGGUCCAUGACUGGCUGUACUACUAUGUGUACCGGGACUUCCUGUGGAUGUCACGGAAGCGUUUCAGACCCGCAGCCAUGCUGUUUGUGUUCACAGUGUCUGCAGUGGUCCACGAGUACAUUCUUGCAAUCUGCUUUGGUUUCUUCUAUCCUGUGCUCUUCUGCCUCUUUAUGUGCUUUGGAAUGAUGUUCAACUUCAUUCUGCACGACCAAAGGAAAGGUCCUAUCUGGAACGUAAUCAUGUGGACGUCCCUCUUUCUGGGUCAGGGAGUCAUUAUCUGUCUGUACUCCCAGGAGUGGUAUGCCCAGCGCUAUUGCCCCUUGAAGGAGCCUUCUUUCCUUGAGCUACUGAAGCCUCGCUCCUGGAGCUGUCAGAGAGGCCUGACGGCGGACUGAUAGGUUGUGAUCUAUGUUUGGACUACUGCCGAGGAUCAUCCCUGAUCAGACCAGCCUUUCUGUUACUGUCAUAACUUCUGGUCUUUCAAGUUUGUUUUAUGUUUUUGCACUAAGGUCAUGACUGAGUCUGUGUAUGAAUGUAUCGAGGAGAUUUAAUAAGUGUCUGCCAAAAUGUUCUUUAUUCGAACAGCAAAGUCACAGUGAUGCCUUAUUUACCACUUUUAUGUUUCAGAAACACACCCAACAAAUUUAAAAGUUCACAUAAAAUCUGAAAUUGUGAACUCAUUUAUUUUAAUGUUUUUUUUAUUUUUCAGAUGUUAUCGCAUUAAUUUUGCCUUGAUCAACUGUGAAGCCACUCCAUGUUAGUGGCAAACAUGAUAUGGCAGCGGAGUACAAACAAAUACACUAUACAAACAUUCACAUGUGCAGUAGUGAUUAAUUUUUAACAAAGUUUGCAAUUACUGCUCUAUUACUAAAAACUUUCAGUAUGAUUGGAAAGCCUUUCAAUGUUUGUUUUGUUUUCACUGCCAAUACGAUUUAUUUUGAUUUUUUUUUAAUAGUAACUGAAGCUAUCAAAAUAAAAAAAUCAAGGAACUGAAAACAGAAAACUAAAUGUUAAACAAGACAGCAAUGACAAGUAUGCAGUUUGAAGUGUUGACCGCUGAAUGUAAUCUUGAUGAUUCAUAUAUUUUCAAUUGAACAUCCAUCUUGCAUCAUGGAUGGAAAGUUUCCUGUGAACCUAAAGGAUGUUUGUCAGUUUGUUCAUGACCGAUGUUGAGAGUUAUGUGAAGGUGUAAUUGUUGCAGCUGGCUGCUAGAACGUUAUGACGUUGAAAUAGUGACGAUACUUUAUUAGCACUAAGGGCUACAGAAUGCUUUAUCAGACACUAAAUUAAGUUAGAUAGUGUUUUGUUGUUCAAAUCACACCAUGCAUUUUACAGAACAGUAAUUUACAUGCCAAACUAAUGGAAGAAGGAAUUUGUUCUGUGUGCUUUUAGUUCCUGUGGGUUUGAAAUUAUGUGUUUACACAUUUGUAUUAUAUGGGGAAAUUGCAAAGUUAAUGCAAAGUCAAAGUUGCCAAUUCUGACAUAUUUCAGUGCAGGGAGAUUGUAUUUUUGCUUGAGAAUAUUAAUGAGAUGCACAAUUUGAAGUAAAAACCAGCAAUGGAAAACUCAGCACUUCCAAAAACUGUAUGACCACAAGGUGGCACUGUAUUAAAAGCUUUUAGUUUAGAUUCUUCCUCUGCUCAAGUUGACUGUGAAUUGUGGUCAGGAGCCAGAGAGAUUUCCACAGAGUCCCUUAUAAAUUUUAUAUUAACAAACACAUGUACCAGCAACUUAUUUUUUAUAGUGUGUACAGAUAAUAACCAAGAUAUUGGAAAGCCCUUAUGUACUUAUUACUAAGUAACUCCUGAGAACACCACAGCUGGCUUUUAUGCCUUUGAGAUUUUGUUAAUGAGGAUAAUAUUUAUCGUAGUAAAAAGAGCCAACCUGCGGAAAUGCAGUUCAUUAAAAUUAGAUAUUUAUUUUGGGAGCAAAUUGUUUUGUCUGCUUACUUACUGUCAUAUUUUUGUUUAUUGUGAUCUUUUUUUCUGGCCUUGAAAAGCUCAUUGUGUCAGGUGACAAUUUUGUGAAAAAGUAUGUUGUUCUAUCACCCGAUGUAGACAAAUGUCUGAAUCAUUGUUGAUUAAAGACACAUUAAAGUAUAAGAACCAUUAUGAAUAAAAACAUGAAGUAUG